GGUUUUCACCGAGUGAAACCGAGUGAUGAGGGUCAGCUGACUGAGAGGCUCCGCCGUCCUUCGAUGGACCAGUUGUCAGUUUAGAGAAUCAAAACUACAACCAGCUUCUGAGUGACCAAGAACACCGAGCGCAGCCAUGCCGUCGCUUUUGUUCUGCGGACCGAAGAUGGCCGCCUGCGGGAUAGUGAUCAGCAUCUGGGGAGUCAUCAUGCUGGCCAUGUUGGGAAUCUUCUUCAGCGCCAAGUCAGCCGUGCUGAUCGAAGACGUCCCGUUCACUGAGGAGGACAUUCGUAACGACAAAAACCCUCCUCAGAACAUCUACAGCCUGUACAACCAGGUCGGCAUCAACUGCUUCAUCGCCGCUGCCAUCUACGUGGCGGUGGGCGCCGUGUCGCUGUGCCAGAUCCGACUCAACAAGCGGCAGGAGUACAUGGUGACAUAAGCGGCUGCGGCAUCACCUGACCUCAGCUGAGCUCCCCGUCUGUCCAAAAAGUUUACGUUACGGUGUCCCACUGCUUCCUGUUGAGUGGACCAAUCAGCAGCUGAGGGCGUCACAGGCUGGCGACAUUGACAUGGUGGGGGUGGGUCAGGUGAAACCGGAGUAAUUUAUUUUAAAGUGUGUUUGUUGUCUGUUGUUGCAUCAUUCCUUUGAACCCGUUUUGCACAUCUCGUUUUUCUUCAUCGCUCCAUAAGAUGUCCACGAAAAUGGUGAAAAUUAGAAAUUAAUUCGUCAGCUAGUUGAGCUGCUUGUUAAUCUGCUGGGGGCGACGUCGCGACAGCAUAAACAGUCAGUUAGAUUUUUGUGCCUGUUGCAGCUAAGCCAUCAGAAACAGGUGUGUGCAGGUGUCAGCGGCUGCCUGAUCAGACAGAAAAGAUGAUGCGUGUUUGUGGAUUCAAUAAACUUUGUGUGUGUGUUAAAA